AAAAUCAAACACGAUUUCAUAGCUUGAAAAAAUCUUUAUAAAAUGAAAAAUUUUAAUGUAAUAUAAAUUAAAUUUAAAUGUAAAUAAUUUGUAAAUAAAAAUUUUAAAUUUUGAUAAUUAAGAUUGUUGUUUUUACGAUUUUGUAUGUUAAAAUCCAUAAAAACAUUUUAAAAAAUUAAAAAUUUUACUUCAAACUAAGCUAAGUCAAGCAAUUAAUAUGCAAUAAAAUAGUUUUAAUUUUUUAGAUUAUAUCUUAGGAAAACUGCGUUAGAAUUGUGAAUUUGACUUUACAUUUCUUAUAUUUCGAUUAUGUGAUUUUGUUUACAUCCGAAUUCAAUAUUCGACUAUAAAUAAUAUAUAAUUAUAUAGUUUUAGGUUUAUGUAAAUAAUUGUGUGUACACGUGUUGGAGCCAAUUUAAAUAAUAAAGUUUGAAAAUUUACAAAAUGACAACACGAAAAUUAAAAAUUAACAGCGAAUCAAAAUUACAAAAAAAUAAAAGAGAAAAUAAUGAUGAUAAUAUAAAUAGUAAUAUAAAAAAGAUUAAAAGUAAUGAACUUAAAAUUAAAAAAACAGAAGAAAAAUACAAAAAAACUUUGACAAAAAAUGACAAAGAAAACCACAAUAGAAAUAUAAAUGAUAAGUUUGAAAUAAUAAAAAACUCUAUAGAAAAACCUAAUUGGAUGGAAUUUAAGAAACAAAAAAAAGAACUUAAAGAAAAAUAUAAAGCAAAACGUUUUAAUGAUAUUUAUAAUAUAACAAUUACAGCAAAGCAAUUUAGUGAAAAGUUUCGUAGAUCUGAUUGUUCAAAAUUAGAACGUAAAAAGCUAAUCUUAAAAACACAUAAUAUGUUAAAAAAUAAUUAUAAUAGAAUAAUACUUACACAUGAUAUGUCUCGAAUUAUUCAAUGGAUACUUAAAUAUUGUGAUGGAAAAAUUCGACAAGCUAUUUUUCAAGAAUUAAAACCAUCAAUUUUGUCUAUGAUUAAAUCAAAAUAUGCAAAAAACUGUAUUAAAAUAAUGUUAAAACAUGGAUCUCAGCAGAUUAGACAUGAAAUUAUUUCUGUUUUUUAUGGUAAUGUAAUAAGAUUUAUGUGUCAUUCUGUAUCUUCAUCAUUAUUAGAAGUUAUUUAUUCAACAUGGGCAACGGAAAUAGAAAAAAUAUAUUUUAAACAGGAAUUUUAUGGUGAUAUGUAUAAACAAGCUAAAGAUAAAAAAAUUAAAACAUUAUCUGAUACAUAUAAAAUUGCAGAAGAUAUGAAAACAGCAACAUUAUCUGCAGUAAAAGGAAAUUUAAUGAAAAUAUUAAAUAAGAAAAUUUUAAAUUCUACUUUAUUGCAUUGUGUUCUUUUAGAAUUCUUAAAUGAUUGUCCCAUUGAAGAUAGAACAGAAAUAAUUACUAUGUUAAAAAAUUCAAUAGUUGAAUUGUCUCAAACAAAAUUUGGUUCAAAAGUUGCUGCAAUGUGUAUAUGGCAUGGUACAAACAAAGAUAGAAAAAUUAUUAUGAAAGCUUUAAAAGGGAAUAUAAAAACUAUUUCGAUGUCUGAACAUGGAUAUUUAAUACUAUUAGCAUUAUUUGAUUCAGUAGAUGAUACUGUUUUAAUCAAGAAAAUUAUAUUCUCAGAAAUACAAAAUGAUUUAAUAGAUAUAGCAUUAAAUGAUUACGGAAAGCAUGUAAUUUUGUAUUUAAUAGCUAGAAGAAAUUCCCAUUAUUUUGCUCCCAGUAUAGUAAAAUAUUUGGAGCAAGGAGAUAAUAAUGCAAUAAGUAAAAAACCAGCUAAUAUAAGAGAAAAAGAACUUUUAUAUUCAAUUUCUGAUUUACUUCUAGAAUCUGUAACCACAAAUACCUCAAUUUGGAUAUCUAAUAGUUCUAUUGCAAUGGUAACAUUAGCAAUAUUGAAAAUAGGUAUUGGAGAAAAAUUAAAAAGAGCCUUUGAAGCUAUUGCUAUAUUUAUUUCAGACUCAAAAUCAAAAAUCAAAGAAGGAGAUGAAGAAUAUAAACCAAUUGAACAUGCAGGUUUACAUAUGAUGUUAAAAAAACUUAUACAAAAUGAUAAAGAAUUACAAAAAAAAACUGAAUGUACAUUUGGAGAAAUAUUAAUUAAUUAUUUAAAAACAAAUAUUGUAGAAAAAUGGAUAGAAUGCAAUAGGGGAUGUUUUUUAUUAAUAUUAUUACUAGAAAAUGAAACAAUGUCUGUUGGAAAUGUUAUACUUUCUAAAUUAAAACCAAUGAUAAAUAUUUUAAAAUCAAAACAAAAUCCAGGUGCUAAAAUUUUAUUAGAAAAAUUAAAAUAAAUUAAAAUGUUAAAUAGAAAUUAUAAGGAUUUUUUUUGUUAUAUUAUUUUAUUAUUUAUAUAUGUAACAUAUAUAGUGAAAGAAAAAAAUAUUCAUAUACCUUUAAAACGAAAUGACUUUUUUAAAAUUGGAGUAAAUAACUUGAAUUUUUUUAAAUAUUCGAAUAAUUUAUUUAUAUAAUAUGUAAAAAAAAUAUUGAUAUUUUUUUAAAAAUUGAUAUUGAUUUUGAAGAAAAAAAAAUCAUGAUUUUUAUUUGAUUCUAUAAUAAAAAUUUAAAAAAUGUUUUUUGUAAAUGUAAGAAAUUAGAUUAAAUUUAAGAAUUCAUUUAUCAAUUAUAUUCACAAAGUUUUACCAAAAUCGAAAACGAUAAAAAAUGUUGAAAUUUAAAAUUUUUAUAUUUUUCGAUCUAUAUUUUAAUUUCGAUGAAAUCUUGUAUAUGAUUUUUAACAAAAGAUAUGUUUUAAAAUUUCAUUACAUUUAUAUUACAUUACUCAGAUAAAAAAAUUGAAAAUUAUGAUUUUUAUUUUUUUCUUCAAAAUUCUAACCAAUAAUAAUUAAAAAAAUUCAAAUCAUUUAUUCUAAUUUUAAAAAAAAUUAUUCCAUUUUAAAGAAUAUAUGAAUACUUUUUUCUCUCAUUAUAUUUUAUUUAUAAUACAAAUACGUACAAUUUAUUCAUUUAAAUUUUUUGCAUUUUUCAUCUUUUAAAUUUAUUAACAUCCAUAAAUAAUUAUAUAAAAAUGAUAUAAAAUAUGAUAAAUCAUGUAAAAUAUGAUAAUAACAUGUAAUGUAUAUAUUAUUAUUAUUAUUAUUAUUAUUAUAUAUUAUUAUAUAUAUUCAAAAUAAUUUUAUUAUACUUACCUAUUUUUAUGAAAGCAUACAAAUACAUGUUUGAAAUGUAAAUUUAUUAAUUUAGAAAAUUUAAAAUAAAAUUAAUGUAAUAUUUAGAAA